AUGGAGGAAUCUGCACAGCCGCAGUACUACUAUGACUCCUCCGCUAAUCAGUGGUGGGUGUUUAACACCGUCCUAAACCGCUGGGAGCUUUGCCCUGAGACGGAGCAGACAGACACAGCAGCAGCACAGCCUGAAGAUGUACAGUAUCAGGGAGAGCAGCAGCAGCAACAACAACAGCAGCCAGCUUCAGAAGAGGGGUCUGCUGCAGCUGAUGCUGUCUCCCCCGAAGGCGAAGCUCCAGCAGCAGAGGGAACAGCAGCAACAGCAGAUCCAUCUGUGCCUGAUUCAACAAAGACACCAGCAGAACCAGCAGCUGAUCCAGCAGCAGCAUCCUUAUCUGGUGAGGCAGCAGCUGCAGCAGAUGCGCCUACACCAGCAGGUGACACAGCAGCAGGAGAAGCAGCAGCACCAACAGGUGACACAGCAGCAGCAGCAGCAGCAGCGACAGAAUCAGCAGCAGCAGCACCCACAGCAGCACCAACGGCACUAAAGGACACGAAACCAGGUGGUAAAUCUCGUCGUCGUACAACUGCUGCUGUAGCAUUUGCUCCUAUAACAUCAGAAGUAUCAAUCCCCAGUAGAAGCAGCAGCAGCAGCAGCAGUAGCAGCAGCAGAUAUCUGAGCAGCAGCAGCAGCAGCAGCAGAGGCAGCAGGGAUUGGGGUUGGGGCUCGUUAGGUACAUCUUCUUCUGGUGAUUUUGAGGUCAGAACAGAUGAUGAGAAAGAGGGAAGAAGUGCAAAUAAAUUACAAGAAUUAAAUAAAUUAAAUAAAUUAAAUAAAUUAAAUAAAGAAGAAGGAGAAGAAAAAGAAGAAAAAGGAGAAGAAGAAGAAGAAGAAGAAGAAGAAGAUGAAUUAGGUACUGCCUUAGAAAAAUUAAUGACUACAAACUUUUCUAAGAAAUUAAAAAAUAGAAAAGGAAGAAAUUCUUUCUCAGAGAAUUUUGCUUGGCUGGGUAGUGGGGGUCGGUCCUCUGCUGCUGGUAGUCAAGAAUCUGCUGCUGCUGCUGCUGCUGCUGCUGGUGGUGGUGGUGGUGGUGGUGGUGGUGGUGGUGGUGGUGGUGGUGGUGGUGGAGGAGGAGGAGGAGGAGGAAGUAGCAGUAGCAGCAGUAGCGGUAGAAGUAGUAGGACUAGUAGAAGCAGUAGCAACAGCAGUAACAGCAGCAAUAGCAGCAGCAACAGCAGCAGCAGCAGCGAGGGGGAGGGAGGGGAGGGAGAGGAGGAGGAGGAGAAUAAGGAACCUAUAGUAAGGAGAGUAACAAGAAGAAUGACAUUUAAGGAGAUGGGGGGGUUGGCGGGGUGUCUGCAGAAAGCUGUACAACUUAGGCAACAAAUUAUUGAUCAAGAAAAAGGUGGUCAUGUACCUGGUACGGAGGAUUCAGAGAGUAAGGAAGAGGCAUGGAAGAUAAGAGCAAGAAAUACAGCAAAGACAGCAGGAACAGCAGCAAGAGAGAGGGCAAAAAGUCUAUGGAAGACAGCAGCAGCAGCAGCAGCAACAACUCAUCAUAAUCAACUGCAGCAGCAGCUGCAGAUGCAGCAGCAACGAGUUACACCAUCGCAUGCAGCAGCACAACGAUUCGCAGAUAUCGUUGCUCUUGCCAGAGCUGCAAGAGCCAAGGCCAGAGGCGAAUACGCCCACAACGUCAUUCGUUACCCAAAUAAGCUCGCCACGCUCACCAGGCAGGCGACGGUAGCGGACGUGCAGCAGCAGCAGCAGCAGCAGUAG